CCGUUCGCUUUCCGUCCGUCCGUCAUGGCCGCCGCCGCCGCCGCCGCCGCGCGGAAGGGCGUCGCGUACACCGUCGGCCGCGGUCUGUACCUCGCGCUGACGGACAGGACGAACUCGCGGACGGUCGUCGCGUCUCGAGGCCCCGGGUUCGUAAUGUCGCGAGAGUCGAAUUUCUCCCCGCUCGGCGGCCAAGGCGCGGCGGAGCCGUCCGCGACCGAGCUCGCCGCGGUCGUCGACCGCGCGUACGACGGUCUGGACAUCGUCGGCAUGGGCGAGAACGACCCCGGGGUCACGUUCGCGGGUCUCGGCGAGCCUUUACUCCGAAUGGAGACGAUCGUGGAGACGAUCGCGACGGUUCGCGAGCGCAGGCACGGCGUGCCGUUCCGCGUCAUGACGAGUGGUCUCUUUUCUCCCGACGUCGCCGCCGCGCUCGCGGAAGCGGGGGUGAACACCGCCACCGUCGACCUCGUCGCGCAGGACCCGUCGGCGUACGCCGCGGUCAUGCGUCGGCAUCGACAUAGUCCCCCUAAUCCUCUUAGUAACGGUGGAAUCGGAGGCGUUUAUACUAGUAGUGCGAAUAUGAUACGGGAGGACGGGCACGGCGUCGUGUGCGCGUUCAUCGCGACGCUCGCGGAGAGGGGCGUCGAGGUGGAGUGCACGGUCGUGAACGAGCCGGGGGUGGAGACGGCGGCGGCGCGGGCGCUCGCGUUCGACCUCGGCGCGGUGCGUUUUCGCGCGAGGGAGUACUUCCCCUGAUGAGCGC